AUGAUUACAAAUAUGAGAUCAGCUACCUUAUCAACGAAGUUUCAAUUUCAACCCUACGGUAUGGUUACACGUAUUAAUAAUAUGCUACCGACUUCCGCCACCGCCACCCCCACCCCAGUAGGCUGCCGUUUUAAAUCAUCAUUUGUCCCUGCUGAACCAUUGAACAUUCAUGAUUUGAAUGAACAGACAGUCAAAGCCCAAUAUGCAGUGAGAGGGAAAAUACCAAUUAUUGCUGAUGGUUUAAGUGAUUUGAUUAGAAAAUCACCAACAAGUCAUGGAUUGCCAUUUAACAAGAUUGUAAAUGCAAAUAUUGGAAAUCCACAGCAAUUGGAUCAAAAACCAUUGACUUGGUAUAGACAAGUGUUAUCCAUUUUGCAGUAUCCCGAAUUAUUGAAAGAGGAUCUGGGAGCAAAAUAUCCAUCCGAUGUUAAGCAAAGAGCAAAAGCUAUUUUGGAUAAUGUUGGUUCCAUCGGUGCUUAUUCUCUGUCUCAGGGUGCUGCUUAUUUUAGACAAUCGAUUGCUGAAUUUAUUACAAGAAGAGAUGGAGGAGAGUUUUCUUCAAACGCCAAUGAUAUCUUUUUAACUUCAGGUGCAUCUGCUGCUGUAUCAUACUUGUUACAAAUUUUAUCUCAAGAUGAAAGUUCAGGUUUUUUGAUUCCUAUUCCACAGUAUCCAUUGUAUACUGCCACCAUAGCUUUGAAUGAUGCACAACCCAUUGGUUAUUAUUUGGAUGAAUCAAAAGGUUGGGCAACUAACCCACAAGAGAUACGCCAAUUGAUCAAAGAAAGUGCUGACAAAGGUAUCAAAAUUAAAGCAUUGGUUGUGAUUAACCCUGGUAACCCAACUGGAGCAAUCUUGUCGCGUGAUGAUAUUGUUGAACUUAUCUCCAUCGCGGCUGAGCAUGGUAUCGUUUUGAUUGCUGAUGAAGUGUACCAAGAAAAUGUCUUUAGUGGAAGAUUCUAUUCCUUUAAACGUAUUUUGUCGGAGUUGAAGGAGAAACAUCAUGAUUUAUACAAACACGUUCAAUUGGCUUCUUUGCAUUCAACUUCAAAAGGUGUUAGUGGAGAAUGUGGACAACGCGGAGGUUACAUGGAACUUGUGGGAUUUAAGUCUGAUGUUAAGGAUGUUAUAUUUAAAUUGGCAUCUAUCAAUUUAUGCUCAGUUGUUUCAGGACAAGCAAUGGUUGAGUUGAUGGUAAAUCCACCCAAAAAAGGUGGUGAAUCAUAUGAUUUAUACGUGAAAGAAACAACUACGGUUUUUAACAAUUUGAAAACAAGGGCAGAAGCACUUUAUGAAGCAUUUUUAAACAUGGAAGAUGUGUCAGUUGAUAAACCACAAGGAGCAAUGUACAUAUUCCCAAGUCUCAAUUUUGAUCCUAAAGUUUAUCACAAAUUAUUUUCAAGAGCCAAGAAUUCAAGUCUUGAAAUUGAUGAUUUAUACUGUAUCGAGCUUUUGGAACAUACUGGUAUUUGUUGUGUUCCCGGUAAUGGAUUUGGACAAAAACCAGGCACACAUCAUUUGAGAACCACAUUUUUACCACCUGGUGAAGAAUGGAUUCAAAGAUGGGCUAACUUUCAUAAAGAGUUUGUUAAGAAAUAUAAGGAUACAGCUGUUAGUGCAUAA